AAAACUUAUACAUUUAUAUAUUAUAUAUUUAUUAUAUUUAAUACUUAAUAUUUCACACUGAUAAAAACAGUUUUGAAUUAUUUGUGUUAUAUAUUAAAAUAAAUAAAAAUAUCUACAUUUUAAAGCAUCAAAGUCUGGAAUCUUAAAUUGAAGUAUAAAAUGUCUAAGAAAAAGUUGUUUGCUAUUAUUGCCAUUAUCACGAUACUCGUAACUACUACAAUAGUUUCUAUAUUAGUAAUUUUCUUGUACCGAACGACCAUUGCAUUGCAGUUUAAUAAAUCAAAUCAAAAUUUUGAAUCAAAACUAAUUAAAAUUGAAUCGUUAAUUAAUAAAUUAGUAAGUUCUACACUUUCAACUGAGGACUCUGAAAAAGUUAAAAAUUAUAAAGAUCAUUAUGAUAAUUAUCUCACGGAAUCAGGAUUAGAUUGGGGUGAUGAUAAUUUUGAUAAAUUUAUUCUAUUAUGUGACUUUGCAACGCGAAUGGUUAAGUUUUAUAAGGACAAUAUUAAUGGAAAACUUGAAUCAAAGAUUUAUUUGGAAAUCGCUAAUGAUAUAAUACAUAAAAUAAACAAACGUGUUUUCGAAAAAGGUUAUACUGUUAUCACAAAAGACACUUCACAUAGAACACUAAUUCAUUUAACAAGAUUACUCAUUACGUUUGAAUAUUUAGCUGGUGAUUCAUAUCCAGACACUAAAGAUAUUUGUCAUAAACAAAUACUCUAUUUGAUGCCAGAUUAUAACAAAAUAUAUCAAGGUUCAUCAUUAGCAGCAACUGUCUAUUUAAAAAAUGAACAAGUUAUUUAUACAAUUAUACCGAGAUUAUUAACAAACAUGAGGUCCGAUAAAGCGCUAUACAAUAUUGAUGUAAAGAAUCAAAACGUGUUACAGGAAUUAAAAAAACAAUUUGAUAUUCUCGAAAAAUCACCAGAAAAAUCUGAUAUUAUUUUAAAAGACUAUCAUUUUGAAAUGUAUAAAGCUCUGACGAGCUGAAAUUAACAUGAUCACUACUUUAAAAAUCCGAUAGAUUCUCAUAGCUGUAUGUAUAAGACCCUAUACUUGACUAUAACACUUCUCAUAGAAUUCAUUAAUUCUUAUAAAAUUUCUAUAGGAAUUUAUGAGAAUCUACAGGAUUCUAUGAGAUUUUCUAAACAGGGCUACAUCAAUAUAUUAGCUCUCCAAUUUUUGAAGCAUUGGUAAUUACCAAAAAUUAAACGAUAAGAAAACUCCUGAAAGAAUAGUCACUACGGAAAAAAAUAACUUUUUGAACUUCAUCACGAAACAUUUUACGUUCCGCUUGGAUCAAAAAACCAAAUUUUUUUGAAGUAAAUAUAAAAAUGAAUCAUUGGUUUUCAACUA